AUCAAGUUUGUUAGACAGAAGUUUCCUUCAAAGUCUGAGCCUUGUCAUUUCAGGUAUAAAAACUCACCUGCCACCCUCUAUUUAUAUAUCAUCAUUAGCAUCCUAACAUCAACAACAUAAACUUGUGACUUGGGAGAAAAUACAUCACUUAUACAUAGCAGAUUAAAUCACAUUAUACAUACAUAUUGUUAUUACCCAAAAAAUUUAGAAAUAUGGGAGUUGGAGGUACAUUGGAGUAUUUAUCUGAAAUAAUGGGAGGAGGACAUGGGCAUAAGAAGAAGAGGAAGCAAUUUCAAACUGUUGAGCUUAAAGUCAGAAUGGACUGUGAUGGAUGUGAGCUCAAGGUUAAGAAAGCUUUAUCUUCACUUUCUGGGGUUAAGUCGGUGGAGAUAAACAGGAAGCAGCAGAAGGUAACAGUUACAGGGUAUGUAGAGGCACAUAAGGUGCUGAAGAAGGCUAAAUCAACAGGAAAGAAGGCAGAAAUAUGGCCUUAUGUGCCUUACAAUUUGGUAGCUCAGCCUUAUGCUACAGCUGCUUAUGACAAGAAAGCUCCUCCUGGUCAUGUAAGGAAGGUGGAAUUCGUUGAAAACCCAAAAACUGCUACUGUUACUCGAUUCGAUCAAGACCCUUUUGUUUCAAUGUUUAGUGAUGAUAACCCUAAUGCUUGUUCUAUCAUGUAAAUUUCUAUUUUUAUUUUCCCCUUUUUUUCUUUCAACUUUAUUUAGUUUAUCUUGUUUCCUUAGUUUGUUAUAGAAUUUUGGCUAUGUAUAGUAAAUUUUGUUGACUAAUUUUGAUCACAAAUAUAUACACUUAUAUUUUCACAGAGGCAAUGUAAUCUUAUCAUAUAGCUUCCUUCAGAGUGACAAUCAAAUUUAAAUUUACUUCAGACUUUAUUCUUUUAUUGAUCAAUUUAA